UUCACAACAAAGGGAGACAAUUUGGUUGCUGACGCUGAGGAGGCCGAUACUCAAUCAUGUCUCGAAUAAGUUUUUAUCCAUUAGUCCCGUCUGAAGUCGUUUUCAAACAGUAUUUCUAGCCAUACUGGCUUUACAUAAGAAUUGGUUUCAAAGGAAUACAAGUAUAUAGUAUAAGGACACGUCCAGUUUCAUUCAUAGGUUCUUUGAAGACUUUGAAUUUAUAUAUAAUAGAAAGUUAGAACUUAAUACCUUUUUUGAGACAGUCAGGAAGUGUUGACAAGAUAAAAGUGACAGUUGUUGUUUAGGAAGAUGGACUGGAAAAAACCCAUGUGGUGUCAUUAUAAUGCAGGAGUACGAGAGGCUAUGACAAAUUUUUGGGCUGAACAUUCAAAAGAAGCUUCACUGGUAGAAAUGAUGUUGGACACAAAUGCUGAGGAACUUACAGUGCAUGAGUUACCGGAAAUACUCUCAUACCUGCCGUCAUUUGAGGGCAAAGAUGUUGUAGAAUUAGGAGCUGGUAUAGGACGUUUUACAACAGAACUUGCUGUGAAAGCUAAGAGUGUAGUAGCAGUAGAUUUUAUGGAAAAAUUCAUCGAGAAGAACCGAGAAACAAAUUCUAAAUAUUCCAACAUCGACUUCAAAUGUGCAGAUGUUACAAAGCUUAAUCUUGACAGCAACAGCUGUGAUUUAGUAUUUUCUAACUGGUUGAUGAUGUACCUAGAGGAGGAAGAAGUCCAAAGUCUCAUGAAGCGGGAGUUGCUAUGGUUACGAGAGGGAGGGUACAUUUUUGCUAGAGAAUCGUGUUUCGAACAGUCAGGUAACAAGAAGCGGUCAAACAAUCCAACUAAGUAUCGGGAUCCAGCAUUGUAUAUGGCCAUGUUUACAAUGCUCACAAUACCUACAGAAAAUGAAGAUGAAGUUUUUGGUUUUGAACUUGUGCUUUCAAAACCAGUCAGUUCAUAUAUAAAGAUGAAGAACAAUGAGAAUCAGGUGAUUUGGUUGUUACAGAAGUGUAGACGGAAAGCGGGAAAUGACGGCCACGGUUAUGCUACAUUCCAGGACUUCCUUGACAACCAGCAGUACUCAACCAAUGGUGUUCUCAGAUACGAGAAAAUAUUUGGCAGAACAUUUGUCAGUACAGGAGGGCUCGAUACUACAAAGGAGUUUGUAGCACAACUGGACUUAAAGCCUGGUCAGAUUGUGUUGGAUGUAGGUUGUGGUAUAGGGGGCAGUGCUUUCUAUAUGGUCAAGGAGUUUGGAGUUCAGGUAGUUGCAAUAGAUUUAUCAGCAAAUAUGAUCAACAUUGGUAUAGAGAGAGCCAAAGAAGUUGGUGCUUCUGAAGAUGAAGUACAGUUUGAAAUAGCAGAUGCCACAAAACGAGAGUACAAGCCUGAGUCUUUUGAUGUUAUAUACAGUCGUGACACUAUUCUACAUAUACCUGACAAACUUGCAUUAUUUAAACAGUUCUAUAGAUGGUUGAAGGUCGGAGGAAAAGUGUUUAUCUCAGAUUAUUGUUGUAGUGAUGGUGAACAUUCUGAACAUUUCAAAGCCUACGUAAAACAGAGAGGGUAUAACCUACUUUCACCUCGGAGAUACGGCGAGGUUUUAGAAGCUGCAGGGUUUUCCAAUGUUAGGGCACAAGAUAGAACAGAUUUAUUUGUACAGAGUUUGGAGAAAGAACUUGUUGUAGCUGAAGGUGUAAAGAAAGAAUUCCUUCAGGAGUUUUCUCAAGAAGAUUUUGACUAUAUCAUAAAUGGAUGGAAAGACAAGUUAGGUCGAACAAAAGACCAACGCUGGGGUGUUUUCUAUGGAGAAAAACAUUGAGUUUAGAUGUUGAUAUAUUUCUGAGAGUUAAGAAUUCUGAAAGACUAAAGACAUAUCAGAAAGACUGGUCCCGUUGAGCCAUAACAUAUAUGAAAGCUACAGUUGAACAAGUUUUAGUUUGUUAACAAGUUAGGUAUGGUGAAGCGGCAUGCUAUUUUACGUAUCAUGCGAUGAUAUCAAUAAUAACAGUCAGUUUGAUGAUCACAAGAUAAAUAGUGUGAUACAUGUGCUAUUUCAUAUGUGAUAAAGUGAUAUGCCAUGCUUUGGUAUAUAUUUUUGUUACAGGUCUAAAGAUCAUAAUUUUAAAAAUUUGUGAUCUUUCCAAGUAUCUUAUUAUUGAUUUGAGUUUGUAAAUGUCUUAAAAAUGUGAUAGAUUUAUUGAUAUUUCAUCUAUUUUAUCUCAAUUUUAAAUUUAUUGAUAGUUAUGGUUGGUUGUAAAUUGUCUUGUUUUUUUGUAUGUAUCUUAGUUUAUCAUACCACUAGUCGCUCAUAUUGAGUGAUUCCUCUCUCUAGAAAGGUGUUAACUUCUUCAGGAUUUUGAGGAUAGUGCAUGAUACAGAAAGUACUCUGAUUCCAGAAGCUUCACCUUUAAUGUCAUCAGAAAGACUAUUUUAUAUGAGGAGUCCAGCAUCAGAUGGAGUUUGAGCCCAGGACCUUCAGCUUGUGACACCAAUGCACUACCCACUGAUCUACAGAAAAUUACCAAUGCCUUUCACUUUUGUUCCCAUGUCAUAAAGCUUAGUUUGAAGACCAGUCUCAAACAACUAGCUUCUGAUUGGUCCAUUUGAAAUAUCAUUUUGAAAUUGACCAAUCACAAGGUUACUAUUUUAGAGUGGUCUCAAAAUUUUCAACAUUGCUUUAGAUAAUUGCAAUUUCUUUUUAUUUUUCAUAGAGGCAUUUCUGGCACCAAUCUGUGUCUUGUUAAUUAAAGUUGUUUUCUUUUACUUGAUAUGCAAGCCUUUUUAGAGUAAUGAUACAUGUUAAAGUUUUAGUUCAUAUUAUUUUAUGUCAUCUGUAACUGUUACAAGCAGUUUCUGAAAGGGCAUAUUUAAAUUCAAGGUAAUUGCUUAGUUAUGUUGCAGAUAACUCUUGUUGCGUUACAGUUUACAAGUACUUUGACCACAAGUUUUGUUAUAAUGCGGUAUAAAUUUAACUUAAUUCAAAGAUGAAUUUUUUUUGAUAGAGAAAAAUCACAGUGGGCCUAUCAAUAUGAUCACUGUGAUUUCCUAGAAUGCAUACUCUAGAGGGAGUUAAAUAUUCUCUAAGCUUUUAGGACCGUUGAGCUGAAAAAGCUUAGUAUAAAUGAAAAUCCAUUACCGUAAUAACUCGGUGGUCGCUUGUCCACUUUAGAGUGCAGGUGGCCAGAGGUUCUGUCUCUUUAACAGUGUUUGAAAAUGUUGAUGGUAGCUUUCUCCUUAUAACAGGUAUAGAGCAAACAAAACCCCUCCAGACAAAACCCUGCCACCUGAUUGUUUAUAUAGAUAAAGAGUGCAAUAUGCUGGUGAGGAUAAUUUUAGCUGCUGUAACAAAGAUGUGAUCCCCUGUAGUGCAUAAAAUUAAUUAGUGUGAAAUCAUUUGAUUUUGUGGGCAUGAAAUGUUGUGGUUUUAUCAAUUUGACUAUGUUCUGGUGAUACGAUUUUGUGUGUUUUAAGUUUUGGUGAUGAAAUGAAUUGAAAUUUUAUGUGUUGAUGUUUUAAUUUUGUCAAUUGAUGCAACCAUGAAAUCAAAAAAAUGAGUCCUCCACAAACACAAAGGAUUUCCCAGUAACCCUGUUACUAUAUAUACUAAGAACUUCAACUCGACACUCUAGAGAAUACACAUUUAAACAAUUCACAUAAUUGUUCAGUAAUAUAUAUUGUACCUUAAUUAUCCAUUUUAAGGUAUCGUUGAUGAAUAAAUUAUUGAAAUCAUUA